AUGGCUGCCGCCUACGCCUCCAUGCUCCGCGCUCACCUCCCCGCACUGCGCGCCGCUGCAGCCGCCACCGCGUGUUUCGCCGCUGCUGCAGCGUCAGCCUCGUUAGAAGCAGCUCCAGCAAGAUCGUCCGCAGCGUCAGCGGCAGCCAGCGACGAACGCGGGGAGCAGAACGCGAGCCGGGACGGCGAUGGAGCGCGUGACCGCAGCGACAGCGGCGACAGCGUCGGCGGCGGAGGGAAUCCCCGUGCAGAGCUGACAUGCGGCACUCUUCACGUCCCCCUGCCGCUGGACAAGCUCAUGUGCCACGUGGCAGGCACUGGUAGGCUGAGAGACGACAGCAGCAACUCGCUGUUCAAAGGGCGGCCCCCAGGCGAUCACCCUCAGGCGGUUCUGCUGCUUUCUGGAAGCUUCAACCCGCCCACGAUCAUGCACCUGAGGAUGCUGGAGAUGGCGCACGAUGCACUGCAGGACCGCGGGUGGGACGUGAUUGGCGCGUACAUGUCGCCAGUCAAUGACCACUACGGUAAACAGGGCCUUGCCCCCGCCAAGGAGCGGGUAACCAUGUGCCAGCUGGCAUGCGCUGAUUCGCCCUUCAUCAUGGUGGACCCCUGGGAGUGGUUGAAGUCAAGCUGUGUUGCUGCGUCCUCUCUCACCCCCCUCCUCUCCACAUGUGACUGCUGUGGCAUCGCGCCUCUCCCCGUUUUCUGUUAUUCUUUUCAACCAUUGACAUUCACUCCAUCGUGUGCGUUUUCUCACCCUCUCCCCAUUCCACCCCCCCUGCUCUCCUUUGCUGCCUGCCAUCCCCUCUCUUUCUGCCGUCGUCGUUGUCCCCAUGGUCCGUGUGUGCAGUCAUCCCAGCAGUGCUACCAGCGCACCCUCUGUGUGCUUCGCCGACUGCACCACACAUUCAAUGCUCCCGCUGCUCCAACGCCCUCUUCUGCCGCACAAGCUCCAUUCCCUGCCGCCCAAGAUCCUUCCUCUGCCGCCCAAGAUCCUUCCUCUGCCGCCCAAGCUCCAUCCGUGGCUAUCCACCCACCGUCUCCUAUUCACCCCCAAGCAUCGCUGGGAAACCAGUCACCCACAUCCCCAAUUCCCCCACAUCCACACUCGCAACCAGCUGCCCUACAUCCACCCUCGCAACCAGCUGCCCUACAUCCACCCUCCCCAACACCUCCUCACCCGCACACGCCCCAGCACCCGCACAUGUGGGCACUUGAGGGAGCCAUGGCUGAGUCCCCUGCACUGCUGCCCACUGCUGGUGGCGUAAGGGGAUGGGAGAGAGGCGCGGAAGGAGGACAGGGGGACGGAGGAGGCGGGAAAAGAGAGGAGGGCGGAGCAGCAAUGAUGGGUAAAGAGCGGGAUGGGAGAGGGGACGGGGAUCGGAGGAGCGAAAUGGGUGAGGUGGUGGCCAGUGGGGUAGAGGAGGUGCUGGGGGCGCACGGUGUGGUGUGCAUUGCACGGCAGGGCGCUGAUGCUCGCCGACUAGUGGUGCAGUCUGACGUGCUGCACCGCCACCGCCGGGGGCUGUCAGCCAAGUACCUCGUGCCAGAUGCAGUGCUGCAGCACAUCCGUGCAGCACGCCUCUACGAGCGCACGGACUAG